AUGACCAAACGAUAUAUUUGUCAAUUUUGCGCUCGCUCGUUUUCCAGGUCCGAGCACAAGCUUAGGCACGAACGGUCUCAUACUAGAGAAAAGCCGUUCCAGUGUUCGAUCUGUAAGAACGGGUUUGUAAGACGCGAUCUGUUGCAACGUCAUCUUCGAACUGUCCAUGGACUGGUUCUUAAGCACAACAUUGAUGAUAACAUCUCCACCAAGGACGAAUUGUUGAAAUCUCCUACCGGAGCUUCAGACUCCGGGCCCGUCAACUUGCAAUUAUCGGCUAUACCAAAUUCGCCUAACGAGGCGGAAUCCACAGAGGAUAGCUCAGCCCUCAUUGCAGAGAAGACCAUCACCUCGUUGUUGACACUGUCCAACAAGUUUGGGUAUCUGGACUUGAAGCUCAAUUGUUCCGUUGGCAAGUACAUCAUUGCUUUUGGUAGCUGCAAAAAAUGGCAGGCCAACCUCCCAAGCAUUAACCUUAGCAAGCUCCAGGGAUUGUCCGAUACCGACGAAAUGCUGUAUCUGAUCAUCUGUUUGGGCGCGUGUCGCAUGAACGAGUUCGACGACGCCAGCUUAAUGUUCAAUCGCAGCUGGGACAUUAUGAUUGAAAAAAUCAGCGACUCCAAAAUCAAUUACAACUCCGGUCCCAGUUUCAACAAGUUCGUCAACCAUCUCAUCAUCCUUGGCCACGUCUAUCUCCACUAUUUCGUCGACUUCUUCAACUCGCCGUCCCAAACUAGCCAACAGCUCUGUAAAAAAAUCGCAAUACCAAUAGACGUCCUGUUCGACUACCUCAACAACAUCAUCAGCACAUACCUCACAAACGUGGAAAACGAGGCCAGCAAAGACACGCACAAGUCUCCUUCGCCACCAAACACCUCUGUCCACGACGCAAACUCGUUCUAUUGGCACGCAUACCUGCUGUUAUCGGAGUACUCGUUCGUGUACAACAAGUCGCCGUCCUCUCUGCAUCUGUAUCUUCUGAACAAACCCCUUCCAGACGAGUUUUCAGAAACACAAGGGUCUUUCGAGGAGACGCUCGGCCAAAUGAUCAACAACCUGUCGCUAAUAUCAAGCUCUUUUCCCAACUUUGUCAACCACAACAACCUGAGUCUCAAGGAAAAAGCCAUUAUUGCCGGUUUGAUGAAUGAGCUUCAGAUGGUGAAGUUCAACGAAAUCAACAAACUCAACAAGAACGUCAUCCUGCAACAGGGUCUGUUCAAAGACAACAAGAACUUCCUCCACAAUGCAAUCAUCCUCGCAAACAAGAAUUUCAACGUUUCUGGUAAGCCAACAAGUCAGUUUGACGAGGAAUUUGUUCAGUUGUUAUCUGUGGUCAAACGUCGGCUGUUGCUCAAUUGCCCAUUGAAAUUCACCGAUCUGUUGAUGAAUUAUCUAGUGAUACCAAAAUCAGAUAGCAACUGGAUUCUCUUGGCUCUCACUUUGAAGGAGUUUCUUUUCGAAACAGAAUCGCUAAUAAACGACAAGAACUUCCUCAACAGCGACAAGCCCAUCAUCGAAUUUGACCUCUCAAAGCUGAUCAACGUUAUCCACACAGACGGCAACUCUCCAGCACCAUCAACAGAGCUGACCGACGAGGAGGUCUACAAGAAUCUCCACCAGUUCAUGAAUACACCGUUUAACGGGGAUUUCAUUGUCAACAACAACUUGGGCAUCACCAUGCUCCCAUGUUUGUUGCUUUCUUUGGUGUUCGACGAGGAAGGUCUUGUUGACAACAGAAAACUGCUGAAUCUCCCGGAAAACAAGCUUGUGAUGGUAGAGUUCAUCAUGGGCAAUUUCUUGGUGCUUAUCCGCAUCCUCAACUUCUUCAAAAAGAAGUAUUUCAUGGAUGUUUCCAUUGGCAAGAACUGGCCUCGUACAGAACAAACCCAGGACUACCCAGCCAACGAGUCCAACAACUCGGACGAGGAUGAUCCCUCGAUCGACAACGAAGAAGAAAGCAUCAUUCUUGCGGUCAUUUUCUUUGUGAUCAACGAACUGGGCUGUAAUCACAACGAAAAACCGGCUCCGACAGGUGGCCGUCGGAGAGCCAACAGCAUUUCAAUUGGCGAGUUUAACAACAAUAAUGACAAACUGAAGAAACUAAUCAAUUCUCCAAAGGAUUCAAAGUCGAACUCCAACAAACAGGAGCACUCUAUCAAGUCCCAGCUUGCUUCAGAUACGAAAUUUCAAUUCAUCGUGAGAAACAUUCAAAUCUGUUUCGGUCGCUGGUUAAAGCUGUUCACCAACAGGUACCAUCAAAUUGACAGGUUUCUCCGGAUCUUGAACAAAGUUCUGGAAGAUGACAUUUAUUCCAAGGCCAGCGACAAAACUUCAGCUAAUGGUUCUUAUAAUCUGGAAGUGUUCAAUUUGAUCUCAGCACAGCAACCCCAAUCAAUAGACCAUCAACAAUACGCUGUCCAGAAUUUGCGGUACAACGGUGCCAGCGGCUUGGCGAUCAACGACCCGCUAUACUUGCACCACCACUCCACUGAUUAUAUCAGUCAACACAAGUUUCCCGGAUACACCAGUCUGCACUUCCAGCGGUCUUUAUCCCCAACUGCCUCGAGUUCUAUACUACCCAAUAAGGACGACGAUCGUGUAAUGCUGCCACCUUUGAGCAGGAACAGUCGUCAGCUGCCAAAUCCUCUUCGCUCCCCGUACACCGACCCGAGACCCGCCACGGGUGCAACAGAAGGGCUUAGCGACUUGCUUCAUGCCGCGUCUAACGGGCCGGAUUAUGAGAAAAGAUGA